AAAAGAAAAAAUAUUUUGCUCACAUUUUAAUGUAAUUUGGCGUAAAUGAAAACAGUAGAAAAGCUGUGAGAACUGCUCUGUAGAGGUCACGAUCUGGAUCUGCAGCACAGAUGUUUGUCCACUUUAACUCUACGACAGAGCUGCUGCUACAUAUUUAUUAAAAUGACUAAAACUGAAUGCUACUCCUGCAUGUCAUGUCUGUGGUGUUUGCAGAUUCAUAAACAGAAGAUAGCAAGAAUCAAACAGGACUUGCUUUUACGCAGUGAGAGAAUUUAUUCUGAUGAAGAAAUCGACGUUUAAAGGGCCAAAUGUUCGGCUAGAAGGAGAUAAUUUCAGCUUCCUGCGCUACUCAUUUUUCUGAAAUAUGCGUCAGUGUUUAGGGCGGCUGACUGCUGUUAAACGAAUAUAAGAUAAGAAGUCUGGAAUCUAUUUUCCCUCGUUUCAUUGACUCCCAAAAGGCAAGAUGGAUCCUUUUCUUCAAAUUCUACUUAAACGGUGUAAAAACGUGGUUUACGCACAAGCCGAGGCUUACCUGGUCAUGGAGAUUUAGAUGCAGGCUGCCGAGAAAGUGACAAAAAUUAGCACCUCCAUGACUUUAAAGGUUUAAUUAAACGUGGACAGAGUGAAUCCGUAUCAACUCUUUUUUAGUGCAGAAUAAGUUGCCGAAGAAACAAACCGACACAUUUACGCGUUACGCACUGGACUCCCUUCAGACCUGUUUGGAUGGUGAAGGGUUAAAUAUGAAAAAGAUGACAUUUCCUACAAAAUUCAUUGUCCUCAUGAUGCAUUCAGGUGAUGCAAGGAAAAUUGGACACACAACUCUCGUUAUUUACAACUGAUGCUGCUGCAGAAAUCUGUCUUCUUGUCAUCUAAGACUUUUACGCACAGACCUCGUUUUUCCUGAGUGCAACAAUUUUGAACUUCAGCGGCGCAGAAUCUUCUAAAUUAAUCACAAAAUUAAUCAUACACAAAGAAGAACUUUUGUUUCUACAAGCCCUGCUGAGAUGCAUUUUGUCCUCCUGAUUUAUAGAUAAAGUUUCGGUUAAAACAAACGUGUUUGUUGCAACCUGUGUGCCAGUUCAGGCUCCUGCAGGAAGCUUCGACCAAACUUGCCUUUAACUUUUUCCCAUCCAGUUGAAAGCAACAUGACGUCGUUUACAGUGGCCAAUCGUGUAACGGCGUUCCUCCUCCCCGGGCCAAUGGGAGGCGACGAGGAGUGCCUGUCAGUCACAGGUGAGGGUAUUUGGUGAAAAAAAAUUGGGUGAAAAGGGCCGGAGACUGGAGGGAGCCCGUGCUGAUGGCAGAGCUAUGCGGUGGAGCAGCAUCGCGCCUGCGGAUGUAGCAGAAACUUUUCAGGGCUUCUACCCGCUGGGAUGCGACCAGGAACCAACGCUGGAGGGAAGCAGUUAAGCGCCAGCAGAGCUCCACGGAGGGAGUAGCUUAAAAUGUGGAUGAACUGACAUUUCCUCCACUAUCCGGGCCGGUUAAUUACUCAAGUUGAAGACCGAGCAAACUUCUGCUUUUUUGAAAAUGGCCGUUCGUGGUAACUCGCUGAUGCCUUUCUCCAUCCAAGCAAUCCUGAACAAAAAGGACGACAGCCGACACUUGCCAGAUUUGGACAUGUGCUUCUCCAAGACGACGUGCUGGAAAAUAUUUGGGGAGAUGAACGGCGGGUCGAGGAGGAACGAUGGGGAGGCGUGCGAGCCGACCGAUCAGAAAAGCUACGAUUCGGACUCGGGACUCAGCGAGGACAACGACAGCAAGACUCCAGCCGCGUGCAAGUCGGAGAAGGACGGAGACCCUGCGUCCGAUGUACCGGAGGAAAGUCUGCAGGAGGAGACGGACCAAGAGUCUGCAGCUGCGGAAAACGCAAAGAGCGACAGUGAGCCCAAUAACGCGACGGACUCCAGCAACCUGGACGAAAAGAGCCUGGACCAGCCCAAACAGCGGAAGAAGCGCUCCAGAGCCGCCUUCUCUCAUGCGCAGGUCUUCGAGCUGGAGCGCCGCUUCAACCACCAGCGGUACCUCUCCGGGCCGGAGCGGGCGGACCUGGCGGCCUCCCUGAAGCUCACAGAGACUCAGGUCAAGAUCUGGUUCCAGAACCGCCGGUACAAGACGAAACGCCGCCAGAUGGCCGCCGACCUGAUGGCGUCGACCCCGGCGGCCAAGAAAGUGGCGGUGAAAGUUCUGGUGCGGGACGACCAGAGACAGUACAGCCCGGGAGAGAUCCUGAGGCCCCCGCUGCUCUCCCUGCAGCCGUCCUACUACUACCCGUACGCCUACUGCCUCCCGGCCUGGACACUCUCUGCGUGUGCGGGGAAUCAGUGAGAACUCGGUGACUGUAUUUAUUCAUUUUUAUUAUUAUUAUUUUUGCUCCCAGGAAACCAAACUGACUUUCCAUAUUUUCUCUGACAAGAGGAGGAGACCUGAUUGGACUGUGAUGAGCUCAGCGUCUCGCCUCAUCGUGAGAGCUUCAUUUUUAUUGUGGGUUUUCACAUCCUCAGACACAUUUAAACGACUCCUCCCUUCAUUUAAUAAGAGUCUGUCUCGUGGGACCCUGAUAGAGAAGCUAUUUCUCUUGAUAAAAUCCUGAAGGUCUGAACUGCAGGUGAGCAAAGAGACAGGACCUCCUUAUUAAAUAUCAGUGAGUUCACCUGUGAGGAGGGACACAGUACUAAAACUAAAGUAUUCUUCUGUUUGCUGGGACCUCUGAAGCCUUUCUGAGGCCUGAAUAUGACUGAAAAUGUCACCUUAUGUUGGUUUCUAUUUUUCAUGCGCCUUCCUACCUCUGCAGUGAUUUGGAAAUAGGCAUAUUCCAUUGACAUUUCAAAUAUAUGUCUCUGUUACAGGUUGUGAUUUAUUAUUAUUAUUUCUUGCUGUGUGUGUAAAGGUAAGAUAUUUCGGCACUUUUGAGCAUAUACGUUACAUUACUUCAAUGUAAAAUGCAUUAUAGUUUGGGCAUGAGGCUGAAAAGAGGCGGUUUGUGACGGUGAACGUGAGCAGGCAGAAACAAACCGACGACUAACUGAAAUGUACAUGUGUUAUUUGUUUUAAAUGACUGUUUAGAUGGAAAAACAUUAAAAACAUAUCAGGCAUUA